AUGGGCCAGAGGAUUGCUCCCAGCUUUUUAGACGUGCUACUGAUGAAUAAGCGCUACAUGUGUUUGGAUGACUGCAAAGGCAGAAGUGUAGAAUGCAAAAAUGGAGGAUUUCCAAAGCCAAAAGACUGUAGUCAGUGUAUAUGCCCUUGGGGGUUUGGAGGCAAAUUUUGCGAUGAGAGAGAGUCAAGUGUUGGGAUUACCUCUAAUUGUGGAGAGACAAUAAAGGUGGGGAUAUUAUUAGAAGAUUUUUUGCCAAAUUGGGUCUCAGAAUUCUCCCUCGGUCUCAGUCAGCCAGAAGUCGCUAGAGUGCACCUAGGUUUAUUCUGCACCAAAAGCCCAGAACUGACAUGCUUUUUAGCUUCCUCUCCUGUUUUCCUGGGCCAAGAGUUUCUUGACUUGAGGCAUAAACUCAGGCCUAUUAGGCACAGUAUCCGACCUGGAUUCUGGCCAAAAGUUUUAAAAAUAUCUCGAGUUCUAGCGCCUUUACUUAAAUCCAUAUUAAUAAAAAAACUAGCUAAAUACAAAAUUAAAAAAUAA